UAGGUGAAGUGAAACUUGAUUUGUUACCGGUGUGAUGUGUAUAGAACUGUUUACCAUAACUUACUGAAUACGUAGGAUUCUGUGGAUUAUUAAUUCGAAGUGCUCGCACGAUUCGGAUUUUUUAUUUAUGUUGUGAUGAGCGCCCGUUUGUAAGUGAUGGCGCGCAGGAGCGUGCUCCUCGUGCUAUGUGUGGUCGCCGUCGCCGCGGAUAAACAUGACGAGCCCAGCUCAACAGAACCAGACCACAGCACAAUUAUACCAACGCCACCAUUUCCACUAAGACCCGAAUAUGCUCACCCUGCGGGUGUUGAAGCCUUAGAUCCAUAUAACUCAGAAAAAAAUAAUCCACCUCCGCAUCACAGGGAUUAUUUAGAAGAAGAUUAUGAUCACGAAAACCAUAAAGAAGACGAACAUGAAAAUAGAGAAGACGCUGAUGAAUUACCGUCCCUAUCUGGUGACCACCUACUCCAAAGUUCGACUGAUGACCUACCAAUGUUCCUACUAGAGCCUCAGCAUGCUUAUGUUGUUCGUAAUAAGCCAGCAAUGUUAAGGUGUCGUGCCGCUAAUGCGUUACAAGUGUACUUUAAGUGUAAUGACAUCCGGUCAGUUGGCAGUACACAAUUCGAAUUCGUGGAUCCUCAAAGUGGUGUUAGAAUAGUUGAGGCCGAGUGUAAUGUUACACGAGAUCAUCUAGAAGAAUAUUUUGGAGAAGAUAAAUUCUCAUGUACCUGUCACGCUUGGAGCAGUCGUGGUGACAUCAGAAGUCAACCGGCCAUCGUUGAAUUAUCAUAUAUCAAGAAACAAUUCAUCCUUUCACCAUCACCGACGUCAGUGGAAGAAGGCUCUCCUGCGUCCUUACGUUGCUCGCCUCCGGCUGCCGUGCCUCCACCGAGGGUAACAUGGCUGAAGAAUGGAUUACCAUUGCAGCAGGACCAUAAUGUUUUGAUAUCUGCUGAAGGCAAUCUUCUCGUAACUCGUGCAACUUUACAGGACAUUGCCAACUACAGUUGCGUUGCCGAGAACAUAGCUGCUCGAAGAGUUUCUGAGCCAGCCACGCUAACCGUUUAUGUUAACGGUGGCUGGAGUUCAUGGGGUUCGUGGUCGCAGUGCCGCUGCAACGGGAGGGUAGCGGGACAGCGACGCACGCGCACCUGCAACGACCCCCACCCCAUAAACGGAGGGGCGCCGUGCCAAGGGCAAAGCGUCCAAAAAACAUCUGACUGUGUUCUAUGUCAGACUGACGGAUACAACAUGGAACUUCAAGUGUAUGAUAAUACACAACAACUGUUAAUAGCGUCACCCGGCCGUUGGGGAGUAUGGACGGAGUGGUCUGUCUGUGGCUCUGACUGCAGACAGUCAAGACGGCGUUCCUGCAUGGGAGACGCGUGUUCUGGAGCCCAAGUCCAACAUUCUGACUGUGUGGGAGACUACUGCGGCGUUCACGGAGUUGCGGCUCACAGCGAUAUACCACUUUACAUCGGAAUAGCGGUAGCCGUGGUCGUAUUCCUGGCCGGCGCAGCUGUGGUCUACAAAUUAUUGCAGAGGAAGACAAGAGACCACUCCUUGUACACGAUGACCAGAACUGAUUUUCAACCCGAAAUGUAUCCAACCGUGGAGAAGCAGUCCUUGUCUCUAGCACCUGAUCUAAUGCAACAUCGUCCCCCAAGAUACGAGCAUCCUCCACCAGAUCCAAGAACUGAACAUCACUAUGACGUACCUCAUCUUACUAAUAGUUACGCAUCACCAGUAGACCACCAAACAACGCCGUGUGCUUCAAGCAAAGGACCGAGUGACGAGUACGACAGCAAGCCGUACACAGAAUCGGAACAUUCAGCAUCUAGUUGCUUCACUAGCUCCGGGUCUAUGUACGAUGCGGCAAACGAAUCGGUAACAUUGCAACUAGCGGAACUAGUCUCGAACUCGCCUAUAUCGCAAUCGCUGGCUGUGUCGAGUUCUGGAGCAAGAUUAGCAUUACCAGCUGCAGGUGUUGCUCUUUCAAUACCAGAAGGUGCUUUCCCAAGAGGACGGAGAGAACAGAUUUAUGUGGCUGUUGUCAAGGAUGAUAGAUACAGAUUGAAACUUGGAAAAGGUAUCACGCAACUGAGCCCAGUAGUUAAAUGCGGCCCGCCUCGUCUCCAGCUUAAUAAGUCGGUUAUCCUUCAAAUUCCUCACUGUGCUAGUCUUAAACACGGCUUCUGGAAUCUCGCCCUUUAUGCUAUAGAUCAUAACGGUACAAAAACAGACGCCCAACCGCAGUGGAAGAAAGUCGUAAGUCUCGGUCAGGAGACAAUUAAUACGCCAGUUUUUACACAACUUGACAAUGACAAAAUAUUCCUCGUUACGGACAUGCUUUCUACAUUUGUACUUGUCGGUGAAAGUUUUAACGGAAAAGCUGUUAAGACACUUCAAUUAGCAAUUUACGCACCUGCGUCAUUGAGUGACGCUUGUACUGAAUAUACUAUACGGCUAUAUGUUUUCGAAGACACGCCGUGCGCUCCAUAUUACUGUCAAGAGCAGGAAAAGAAAUUGGGUGGAGUGCUACUUGAACGCCCGAAAACAUUUUUAUUCCAAGAUGGAGGAUCGAGUCUCUGUUUAAAUUUGGAACAUCUCAGUCCGGGCUGGAAAGCCAAGCCUGGAAUCGGUUACCAGGAAAUUCCAUUCAAUCACGUCUGGGGUUCGAACUACAACGCCCUACACUGCACUUUCAAUCUCGAGAGGACGUACGACUGUGACAAUAUUGAUUUUAGCAUCUCAGCAUGUCAGAGAACUAAUCCAUCAUAUAAGCAAACAUUCCGAAUAUCGAUCGACGAUUUACGGUGCAGAUCUCCGCGCGGCAGAUCGCCACGAGAAUCGACACGAAGUUUUAAUAUAACAGAAAAUCUCCUAGAAUCUAGGAUGUGUCGGAGCGAAGAAGGAAGCGAGGGUGGCGCAAAGAGGAGCGUGACCGUCAACGAAACCGGCACGAACGAGUGUGCCGAGAGCCCGUUCAAACUGAGCGUGCGAGUCAAGAGGCAACUGUGCGCCAUACUGGACCCGCCGAACGCUCGCGGUAACGACUGGCGCGCUCUCGCGGCGCGGCUGGGCGUGGACCGCUACACGACGUGGUUCGCCACUAAGAGCUCGCCCACCGAGGCCAUCCUCGAGCUGUGGGAGUGCCGCGAGCGCGGGCCCGGCGCCACGGCGGCGCUGGCGGCCGCGCUCCGGCAGGUGGACCGGCACGACGCGGCCGACCUGUUGCACGGCAGGCCGGCCUGGUUAUGA